AUGGCCAGCGCUCCUGCGAGACCACCUCGCUUCGGUAUCGACAACGCCAUGGAUUCCACAGGCAUGUACGCCAAUGACGCCAACUCUACCGCUUCCCACGGCUCUUCCAGCCGCUUCGCUCCCGCCGCGGGCACGCGCUCGACUCCCGCGCCCACGCCUACCGCCUUGGCCGACGUGCUAGCCCGAGCCGACGGAGACCACGUCGCGGCUCUCGACCAAGUCUUGGCCGAGCGUAACCAGUUCUGCCUCGACAAUGCCAAACUCUCGUCCGAGAACGUGCGCAUCUGGAAUCUCAUGGGCCGCAUCCGCAAGGAGAACGAAAGCCUCAAGGCAAGGUGUGUCGAGCUCGAACGCGCUUCUGCCGCCGCACCUGCUGCUAGGGGCUCGCCGCUGGGCUCCACCAACAGCGCCACGCCUGGAUCCCCAGCUGGCGGUCGCAGAAGGAUGCCCUACGGCCAAGAAAUCGAAAGGUCCAGCAGUCCGCUCAGCUCUCCACGUCACAUGCGACAAAACUCUCGAUCCGAGCUCGACCAGCGUCUCGCAUUGGCUGGCCAAACCACCAACUCGGCCACCUACCGAGCUCCUAAUGACAACGGCAACGGCGUCUCCAGCGCACCUUCCGCCCCUGCGCCCGAAUCGGCCAGCGUGCUGUCCGACACCAUUGGCUCCACCCACGCCUACGACAGCCCUGUCACCAGCGUAGACCAAGGCCCAUCGCGUAGCACCCAGCCCGUCGACACGGGCCUUGAUCGCAGCAUCCAUGCCAACGCGGACCAUCAGGCCUCCAUCAUGCAGCAGCGCGCCGCUGCACAGGCCCAGGCGCAGUCCAUGUCGCUCAAUCAAUGGGCUCAAGGUCCAGACACGCUCGCCGACUCGCUCGCCAGCCACGAGAGCGCCGACUUUGAAGCCGUCGAUCGCAGCUCUGCAUCCGGCACCGAUGAAAAUCCUCACUUGCACCAGUCGGCCACGCAUCCUCCAUCAUCCGCCCACGAUCGUCAUCGAACGCCGGUUCAGCAGCCUUAUGCCGCACCCUCGGGCAUUCCCGCAUCGCCGUAUCAUCCUUCGGUAGACAGAGCCGUCGAGCAGGAGCGUUCGCUGCUCGCCUCGGGUCCCAAUCGCAACCGAGCCGAGAUCACUCCGACCAUGAUCCCCUCCUCGGCCAGCUCGCGUUCGCUCGUCUCCAAGGUGGUAUCCGAGGACCGCCUCUCACGCGGCACAGGCUCUCGCAGGUCCAAGGACGACGUCAAGAAGCACCGUGUGCUUGCUCCCCGCCUGGACUCGUCGCUGUUGCGCGUCGCCAGCGUCAAGAUCCAGGGCACCAACUAUCGCUCCCCAGAUCGAGGCAAGGAAGCCAUCUCCUUCCUCAUCACCGUCGACAUUCUGCAUCCUCCGGCCUCCUGGGGCCUCAACAGCAUGGCCUCGGGCGAGCCCAGUCCGCCUACCUCGUGGACCAUCGAAAAGAGCUACAGCGACAUCAUCGGCCUCGACGCCAAGCUUCGCAGCAAGGUCGGAAAGAAGGCCUCGCAGCGUCUCGCUCCGUUACCCGACAAGGCCCUCUUCAAGGAUCACGCGCCCGCCAAGGUCGAUCAGCGCAAGGCCCUGCUCGAGAUCUACCUGCAGAGCCUCAUGGUGCUGGAGCUCCCCGAUAAGGACGAGGUGUGCACGUUCCUCUGCACGGACGUCGUGCCGAAUCGUCUGCGCGAUCCGCUCUCGACCAGCAAGGAGGGCUUCCUCACGAAGAAGGGCCAGAACCUCGGCAGGUGGGUCACGCGCUUCUACGUGCUCCGCAACUCGUUCCUCAGCUACUACGAGACGCGAGGCGGUGCGCAGAUCGGCAGCAUCAACAUCCGAGAUGCUCAGAUCGGUCGCCAACAGAAGAGCACGGCGAGCAGCGAGCAGGACGAGAACGCCUAUCGACACGCCUUUUUGAUCCUCGAGAAGCGCGAGGGCAUGCCCGACGAGCCAGCGCACAUUGCCCGCCACGUCCUCUGUGCCGAAAGCGACGAGGAGCGCGACGACUGGGUCGACGUGCUUGUGCGUGCCAUCGCCGAGCUCGACGGCGUGUCGAUGGACGACAUGCCCGCAUCGCCCACGCAAGCGAUGAGCCAGAUGUCCCUGUCGCAGCAGGCCACGACGCCAGGGCGCGAGGCUUUGGGGUCCAACGCGAGGUUCCCGGACUCGGCCUUUAGCCCAUCGGCUGACAAGGCUGGCAGGCAGUUUGGAGGCGACGCAGGCCAGGACGGCAGCCGCAGUGUAGCGGCGCGCAUGAACAGCGUCGACUCGUCCGCUACGGGCAAGCCGGUCGGCUCGACGCCUGGCUCGUCGCUGCCCCAGUCGGCAUCGUACCGCAGCUUCCACGAGCCGCGCUCGCCCGUGAGCUCGAGAGGCGCUGACCUGUACGAUGCCCCUGGCUCGCCCGGUCCGCGCAACGAGCCGCUCAACCGCGGCAAGACGUCGAUCAGCGGGCCCCUCAACGGCGCGCCCAUCCCAGCCGGCUACAAGUUUGGCGCCAAAGACGACAUGGGACCGGACAGUAAGAAGGACGACAAGAAGCGCUUCUGGCAGGGCUUCCGCGCCUUUGGCGGCAGCGACAAGCACAACCGCGAGCCCCGACCCGUGUUUGGCGUGCCGCUCGCCGAGUCGAUUGCGAUCUCGAGCAUCCACGAGGGCCUGGCGCUGCCGUCGGUGGUAUACCGCUGCAUCGAGUACCUCGAGAAGCGCAACGCCUUUAUGGAGGAGGGCAUCUAUCGGCUCUCGGGCUCGUCGGCGGUGAUCAAGAACCUCAAAGACCGCUUCAACAUGGAGGGCGACGUGGACCUGCUGACCGAGAACCAGUACUACGACCCGCAUGCCAUCGCCGGCUUGCUCAAGACCUUCCUGCGCGAGCUGCCGACGAGCGUGCUGACGCGCGAGCUGCACAUGGACUUUAUGCGCAUCAACGAGCUGCAGGACCGCGUCGAGCGGGUGAACGAGCUCGGCAGGCUGGUGUCGCAGCUGCCGUUGGCCAACUACUCGCUGCUGCGGACGCUCUGCAGCCACCUGAUCAAGAUCAUCGAGCACUCGGACGUCAACAAGAUGACGAUGCGCAACGUCGGCAUCGUGUUCAGCCCGACGCUGGCGAUCGGAGCGGGCAUCUUUGCGCUCUUCUUGACCGAGUUCGACAGCGUCUUUGAGACGGAUGCCAACGGCGAGCCGGCUCCGAGGAGGAUCGGCGAGGAGCAGGUGGAGGGGCAGCAGCAGCAGGAGGUGGAGCAUCAGACAGGACAGGUGCACGACGAGACGAGCGCGAGGAGCAAGAGGAACAGCGUUCAGUACCGCGAGAGCCAGGCGGACAAGCUGCUCGGCUUGGAGGGGAGGAGCCUCAGCCACCAGGCUGUAGACGAGGACAUGGAGGGAAUCGGCGAGGAAGCGUGGGCGGAGCAGCGCCGUGCAUCGGAGCCUGCGGAGAACGGACAGAUGCAGUACGAACAGGCGCCGCAGACCUACGGCCACCACCACGGCGGCGAGAUGCAUGGCCAGCACAACGCUCCGUCGGCCAUCAUGAGCUAA